AUGGUCUACCCAGGUGGACCAAGCAAAGGGUGCUACACCUGUCGUGCUCGCAAAGUCAAGUGUGACGAGGGGAAACCCGUCUGCAUGCGAUGCAUCAAAGGAAACCGGAUAUGCGGGGGAUAUCGCAUUCUCGACGACCGGAAAACAACAAACAAACGCUCGGUACAGCGCUUGGGCACGUCAAAGGGGGUAGAAGACGUAGCCCGGCGACUCGAGGAGCUUGCUUUAUCUCCUGCCAGCCUCUUGGGUCAGAACAAGGAUCAAGAGCGAGCCAACCUAUGCUUGUUUUACAGUCGGCUCGUACGCCUCCCACAGGCGCAGGGCCUACAUGGGGGGAUUCUCACAGUAACAACCCUUCCUGCCGUUCUCGCCAAUUUACAGGAGCCCGUAAUAGCGACAUCACCACUGCCCUCCGCCUUGUCUGCGCUGCUUUUGACCUUUGUCUCGGACAAGAGCAAUGAUCAACACUCCGGUGCUGUGACCAGGGCGAUGUCAUGCUAUGGUAGGGCACUAAAGCACACUCGUCGGUUGAUGGAAGAAUUCGAUGAAAGCAGGAGAGGUGAGCUCGUCUUGACUGUUUUUGUCCUGGGAAUGUACGAGGACUUGAACAGCAGCGAAGACCAUGUCAGGACCACUUCCAAUUCCCACCUUGAAGGGGCAAUGGCCUUUGUCAGGUCGCAGCGCUGCAAUGGCUUUGGCGAGGAAACAAGUAGAAGGAUAUACAGCGCACUGCUAACCCGAGCUCUCUUCACCUGUUUCGACGAUAUUAAAGUCACAACCCCCUUCAUCUUCACCCUCAACGAUCUCCAACUGCUCUACGCUGGUCUAGCAGCAGAAAGAAAGCUUGACUACCUCAAUCUUUACAACGCCGCCCUCCUUAUCAUCCACAUCCAGCUCCGCCAGAUUGAAAGAGACGUCUGGCUAGCAUUCCCCUCCAACGGCGCCGUCGCGGUCAGCGCAGCCGCAGGUGCCACCACACUCCUCAGGCAAAUCGCCUCCGCUGAAUUCCAAAUGGCUAAGUGGCCAAACACUCUCUCAUCGGAAUCAAAAUACACGACCGUCCAGCUACCACUCGACGACCCUAUCGAUCUCUGGGGUACAUAUGCACACGUUUACCCGACAUUCUCAGCAGGGGAUGACUGGUCACGGUACCGCAUGCUUCAGCUCCUGGCUCACAGUCUGCGCCUGCGAGCUUACCGGCUUGUUCAUGGCCCGUUGCACGGGUUUGGUCAGUCCGGGUUUGAGCAUGUGAACAACACCCAGCUAUCAAGUCUAGCUGGGUAUAUCGCUACAACUCAUAGCAAGAUUCGCGCAAUAGCGAAUGAUAUAUGUGCAUCCGUGCCGUACCAUCUAGGAUACAGGUCCAAGUCAAAACCCGGACUUUGUUAUCCAAGUGAUUCCUUUCCUAGCGGGAAGUACCCGCGUCUUCUAUCCUCGUGCCAGAUUAUCUGGCCUUUAUACGUGGCAGGGAUUGUGGAAGGUGUGGAUGCUGCGCAGAGACUCUGGAUUUCCCGGCAGCUGGCUUUCGUCAAUGCCGAGAUGGGUAUUGGAAAAGCGGCCAUGUUGUCGGAGCUCGUUAGGCGAGCUGCUGUUACGGAAACCCAGAGCCUGGGCUGA